UUAACCAGUGCAUGACGGCUUCACCUCAGCUUCAAGCUCAGGAGCAAACCGACAUCAGCUGAGUUUGCAUGAAGUACCAUCCUUGCAGCGAAAUACAGAAUUUAUUAUCACGCAAAAUUCAAGACUAGCAUUUUACAAAGUUACGUGUAACUGUUAAACCAAUGAAAUAACUGUCAUCUGUCGGAACCACAGAAACAAGAUAGGGGCAAAGGAGAAAUAACAUUACAUCAAACCCGGCAAACAAAGAGGUCCUUUUUUCAACGACAACAUUUUUCCUCCAUAUUCUAUAGUUAUGAGUCAUGUGGCCGUCGAAAAUGUCCACGGUCUAGAGCAGCAGCUCGCUGUCCUAGACUUGAGUGCGGCAGACGGACAAGGUGGAGGUACCAACCGGCGAUACAUUCCUCCACAUUUACGGAACAAAGACGCUUCCAAAAAUGCAGGAAAUGCCUUUGCUGCCGGUCGACAGGGUGGCUACACCAUAGCGCCCGCAGCUAACUAUGGUUGGGACGGGGGGCGCAACAACUUUGUCAAUGGCUACCAUGACAACCGCAUGGCUGGCGGCAACACGUUCACCCGCGGCCCGCCUCGCAUGGAGCGCGGCAGAGGUGGCGUCGGAGGAGGUUACCGUGGCAACAGGGGCGGAGCUUUCAACCCCAUCAACCCAGCACAGCAAAUGGCCUUUGGUGGCUACGAAAAUAAAGAUGCAGGCGGCUGGAACACUGCCAAAGAUGCCUAUGGCAGUUUUGGCAACAACCGAGGGAAGUCAGCGUUCUUCAAUGACAGAGGCAACGCUAACAGAGGGAGGUUUGAGCAUGGUGGAUUUGGUGGCGGAGGAGGAGGAGGAGGAAACAGCCGCUGGGUGGAGGAGUCCAGAGAUGACGGAGAUUGGUCCAAACCAACGCCACGUAACGAACGCCUUGAACAUGAGUUGUUCUCUGGCAGUAACACUGGGAUCAACUUUGAGAAAUACGAUGACAUUCCUGUUGAAGCCACAGGACAGAACUGCCCUCACCACAUCGAGAGUUUCCAAGAUGUGGACAUGGGUGAGAUCGUCAUGGGUAACAUCGCUCUGAGUCGCUACACCAGACCGACCCCUGUCCAGAAAUAUGCCAUUCCAAUUGUCAAGGCUAAGCGAGACCUCAUGGCCUGCGCACAGACAGGUUCUGGGAAGACUGCAGCGUUCCUGCUGCCAAUUCUCAGCCAGAUCUACACUGAUGGACCAGGAGAAGCCCUUAACGCAGUUAAAGCAUCUGGACAAGAGAAUGGAAAGUAUGGGCGUCGUAAGCAGUACCCCAUCUCACUGGUGUUGGCUCCAACCAGAGAACUGGCUCUGCAGAUAUAUGAUGAAGCCAGGAAAUUUUCCUACCGCUCCAGAGUGCGCCCGUGUGUGGUGUACGGAGGAGCAGACAUUGGGCAGCAGAUAAGAGAUCUGGAGAGAGGCUGUCACCUGCUGGUGGCCACGCCUGGAAGACUGGUGGACAUGAUGGAGAGAGGCAAGAUUGGACUGGACUACUGCAACUACCUGGUCCUGGAUGAGGCAGAUCGUAUGCUGGACAUGGGAUUUGAACCCCAGAUCAGACGCAUCGUUGAACAGGACACCAUGCCGCACAAAGGCAUCCGACAAACCAUGAUGUUCAGCGCAACCUUUCCCAAAGAGAUCCAGAUCCUGGCCAGGGAUUUCCUAGAGGAGUACAUCUUCCUGGCUGUGGGCAGAGUGGGUUCCACCUCAGAGAACAUCACUCAGAAAGUUGUGUGGGUGGAGGAGAGCGACAAGAGGUCUUUCCUCCUGGACCUGCUCAGUGCUACAGUCAUUCCCAGCGAGGUUCAGGACAAUACAGGAGACAACAUAGAGAAACCUGGUAAGGACUCGUUGACUCUGGUUUUUGUGGAGACCAAGAAGGGCGCAGACGCCUUGGAGGACUUCCUGUAUCGGGAGGGCUACGCCUGCACCAGUAUCCAUGGCGACCGCUCCCAGAGAGACCGAGAGGAGGCCCUGAGCCAGUUCAGAUCAGGAAAAUGCCCCAUUCUGGUGGCCACAGCGGUGGCAGCUCGCGGUCUGGACAUCUCCAAUGUGAAACAUGUUAUUAACUUUGACUUGCCCAGCGACAUAGAGGAGUAUGUCCAUCGUAUUGGACGUACAGGAAGAGUCGGAAACCUGGGAUUGGCCACAUCAUUCUUCAAUGAUAAAAAUGGAAAUAUCACAAAAGACCUGCUGGACAUUCUGGUGGAGGCCAAACAGGAAGUGCCCUCAUGGCUUGAGAGCCUGGCCUAUGAACACCAGCAUAAGAGCAGCAACAGAGGACGCUCUAAGAGGUAUUCAUACACACCGUCUCCUCUUAAUAGGUUCUCUGGUGGUUUUGGAGCACGUGAUUAUCGACAGACGGCUGCUGGAGGCAACGCUGGAGGGUUUGGAGGACGUGGAGGUCGCAACCAGGCAGGACAUGGAGGAAACCGUGGGUUUGGAGGAGGUGGUUUUGGCAACUUCUACACCAGUGACGGCUACGGAGGGAACUACUCACACUCUCAAGUUGACUGGUGGGGCAACUAGGUUCCUCCUCCCCUCCUUUACUCAUCCCUCUUUCUUCCUCUCACUCAUCCUCCUUCCUUUCUCCACACUGUUGUCUACACUCCAUCUGUCUCCUCCCCUUCAUUAACCCCGAGAACCCAUGUGCAUGUUAUUAAACUAUUUAUACUCAUUUAUAUAGCCCUCCUUCCAUCCCUGUGCACUCAGAUCUUUUAAUUAUUUGACUUUUCUCGUCCUUUCCAUCUCCAUCCUCGUCUUUACGGUCGACCAUCUGUUUUUCUUUUGAUUUCUUAAUUCCUGGUAAACCUCACCUCGUACAGUAGGCCACAUUAUAAAGGGAUUCUUCAAUUUUAGGUUGUUAUUUUUUAACACAUCCUUAAGUUCCAGAGGAUGUUUUGAAAUAUUUUCCCUUUGUGGCAAGUGCUUGAAGAAAAAUAACCAAUUGAAUUUAAGUUUUACGUCUUCCUUUAACCCCUUAAGUUUAGAUGGACAUGUAAGAUUUACAGUGACUUAGUCCUGCGAGACAACCGUAGAAGACCAGGGGGAAAUCUUGUUGUUUUUUUUUUUUUGUUUUGUUUUGUUUUGUUUUGUAUUUUUCACUUUAGAUUUCAGUUUUGGCUUCAUCGUGUUUUUGUCUGCAUUCACCCAAAGCCAGCCAGGCGUCUUGUGUACCUUCACAUGUCAUCUUUGUAUGUAACGCAUGGCCAUGUUGUAAAUCACCGGCCAAAAACUUUUCUAAAAUAUAGCGCAGAGAUAGGCAAGAUGUCAAUUCUGAGCAAAAUAUGUCUGCAUAUGAAUUCACAAAAUGGGAACUGGCUGAAGUUUUCUUCAUUUACAUGAUAGAUACUAAAAAAAAAGGGGCCACAGAAACAGAAAAAUGUUUUUUUUAUUAUUUUUUUCACCUUUUUAAAACAUAUUGAAGUCUUGAUUUACAAAGAUCUGAGAAAGACGUCUUACAGAGACAGCAGGGACAAGGGAGCUGGACAAACCGAAACACCCAGCCUGUGGGACGCCAGCAGACGUUGUCACCCAUUAGCAAUGAUGCUAGCAAACAGUCUUUGGACUGCGAACAGCAUUUUCUUUGUUUGAAACAAAACAUAAUGAAGGAUCAUUUGUUUCUGUACUGUGCCUUUAAGAAUUUGAACUUUGUCUCUUAUUUCCGUUGUUUUAAUUGCCAUAAUACGUAAGUGGCUACAAGUAUUGGCCAACUGUGACAAAAAAAAGUGUAUUUAAUGUCAUGUAUGGGUUUAAACAUGUUUUUCUUUAUUUCUAUUUGGAAGGAAACAAACUAGGCUUGAACUAAAUCAAACCUUGGCAAAAAAAAUAAAAUAAACAAAAACUGUGAUGAGGAAACUCAAAGAAAUUCCUUAUCUGUUUAUUGGAGUUCAAAUUCAUCAGGUCUCUGAUGAGCCGAUUCCCAAAAGCAUAUUACCACUGUAACCAUAUUUAAAGAUUCUUCUGAUAUACCCUCAUCCAGAGUGACUAAAAUAAGUCAAAACAAGACAUUACAUUUGUUUUAUGCAAAAUAAGAAGUUAAUUACAAAACUACUAGCCAGUGAGCGCUCAUAACAACAAUGGUUUUAUGCUUUUGGGAACCGAGUCCUACUAAUUGACCUGUAUGUCACAUCUAUAGCUCAGGUCUGAGCAUGAGUUUGAGUUUCCCAAAGGCAUCUUGUCACUAAUUGUUGGGUCACAUUACAUCUCAGAACAACUGAGAGAGAAUUAAGCCUACCGGCGUAGCAGCAGUCAUGUUACUUCUUCUACCAUUCAGACAUGUGGUUGUAAAUAAAAAUAUGUUCCAGGUUUAUUUCUGGGUUUUUUUUUUUCGAUCCAGUGCGGCGUAUGAGCUUAAACCGGUUUGAUUUUAUGCAAACUGGCUGAACUGACAUUUGUCAUUUUGAAGCUAACGAAAGAGGUGUUCUAACUGGCCUACGCUUGUUCGCUGUUAGAACAUGAUGUCAUUAUGUCCUACUCGGGAGCGGCUGCUAAGUCAACUGCAACACCUAAUAGUAAAAUUCAGAAUACUGGUCCGGUGCCUUAAUGUCAAACCGGUUUUAAAAAUCUUACACUGCCCCAAACCUAAUAGCAGUAGCGCUCCUGAUAACAUUACCGAAAUUCAGUAUAUUCAUAGUAUGAUAAGUAUCUUUGCAGCGAAAUAGGAAAGAAUAUUGUGACCGCAUCCAGCAGUGAUGUGAGCAAUGCUGCAGCAUAUUUGAGUGUAGAAAUUAAAACCAGACUGCUGCUGCAGCAGCUACCAAAUGUAACCAGCUACUCUCGUGCUGACUCUUAGUGACACCGUGCUCUUAGGAAACAGGCUCCGCCUCCACCACAAACACUGAAACCCUUGUUUGCCAAAAGCUUCUUUCAAGGGGAUACACAACUAAAAGGCUUAAAGAGUUCAAAAUUUUCUCGCUCACUCUAUCCUGGAGAGUUACAUGAAAAGUCUUCUCUAAAAUAAGUCAUUCCAGUUUAUUCGUUAUGUCUUUGAGAUCUGUCGAGGUCAGGGUUCAAAGUAAAGACUUGGAUAAUUUAGCCUAACCCACUUCACAGCAGAGAGAGCCGGGGCUUUCCAGAGGAUUUAAUGCCACGCUGCCAUAGCACAUUUUAGCCAUGUCCUGUCUUACUGUUAGGUGAAAUGUGAUCACGCGUCCUUUCCAAAGCACUGGCAGGGAAAGGGCAUUACUUACUUGGGACUUGUGUUAGUUGUUUGAGAAUUUGCCCAAAAUGUGACUGCACCUUUUGAGUAGUUCACUUGUGACGCUGUCUUUACGCCAAAUAUAACUAGGCUUCUGCUUGAGAUUUGUAUACACUCCUAUUCCGACUAUUUAUUCAACAGUGCACUUUGGCUAGCACUAGGGCUGGGUACUGGUACGCGAUACCUCCAAGGUAUUGACCAAAAUAAUGUAGUAACAAGAAGUAACAGAUCUUCUCCAGUCAAACCAUUAUUGGUCCUUUUUGUACCAAGAUCUGGUUUUGCUCACAGCCAAUCACUGCAAGUGUUUGUCGAUUUAUUGCAACGUGCGAUUGGUCCAAUCGGCCCACAUUGAUACUGGUAUUGUCAUUUUUUAACAAUACUCAGCCCUAGCUAGCACCAUAGCUUAUGAAUGUUAAAAGGACACCGAGCUCGGCAUAGCACAGUAAGACAGAGGACCAAUAAAGUGUGCUUGUAGAAAAGUGGCGCAACAGAACUCAAGAUCUUUGGCUACAACAUGCAAGAAGAUCAAUUUAUUUAUUUUUUUGUGAUCCCUGGUCAGCCCCACUAGCUGCUGCUGUGGAAUCAGACGUCCAUGUUUCAUCCCUGAUUGAACCUCCAAAAGGAACUCCACUGUACAUUUGGACACUUCAGUGGUAGAAGUCCGAUCCCCCCGCUGUGUUAAAUAGCAGCAGAAUAAGCCCCAAAAUGCUCUGUUGCUACCUGGCGGGAGAAAUUGUUAAUCUUCAUCAGGGUCUUAAUUUGUUUUGUUUAUAUGAACAACUUUAGUGAAGUGAAAAUAUAGAUUUAAAUGUAAAUAGUUAAACUCUUCUUAAGACAAAAAGAGGAGAAUCUCCACUGAAAAAGAAUGUGAAUUACAAGUGAAACAACACUUGUGUAGAAAUCACGUCCGAUCACUCGAUGUUGGACCAGGCAGUGUCUGGUAUGCUUAGCUCAGUGGGCAAUUUGAAUACGGUCAUCAGAUUUUUUCUUUAUUUAUGGAAAAGGCGUAAGGGGAAUUUAAUUACUAAUCAAUCAAUUGAGGAACCCAUCAGUUACUAGUUUGACGACGAUAACUACCUGGGUGCAACAUUUCAACAGAAGAAUUAUGGCUGAUGGGUUCUAAGAUUACAUUUCGGGCAAUGCGUCCCGCCUUUUUUUGCGCUCCACUGUUUACCUGCAUGCAGCCAAGCCUGCUCAGGCGUGAUAAGGCGAUACUACUUUGACUACAAACGGAAACCAAUUAAUGCUCACCAGACAGAAUACCUCAAAUUGCCCACUGGUUUUGGCAAAUGACAAGGCUGGACCAAGACAAUAAAACAUAUGCAAGUGUUGUUGUUUUUUGGUCAAGGAGUUAAUGAACGCCAAGCAAAUAGAUACAAUUCUACAGCAGGCUUUAGUUUUGUUAGAACUCUGAUUUUUCCCGUCAUCUAUGAUUUUGAGACUUUUUAACUUUCAAGAGGUCGUGUUCGGGCCAGUCUGUUUCCUUAAAGAACAGUUUGUUGGGAGGUUUAGGAUGGAGUUGGCUUGAACGUGAUUUUUUGGAGAAUUCAGGUUGAGUAAUGCUAAAGGACUCAGGAUUCAAGCAGACAGCAAGUCACAUAAAAACUCGAUUUUUCAGAAGUUUCCUGGUGCUAAGGCACCGGCUUUUGUGUCUGAAUUCAUGGCGGGAGAAAUGAGUUCAGUGAUUUCUCAGUAACUUGGUUCACCUUCUUAUGGUUGAGGGGCCAGUUUAUGUUCAAGGACAGUUGUCAUCGGAUGCAAUGUUAGGGACUAAAAUGAAACUCCACCAUGUAACCACUCAAAAAGCUACCGAACACAGAAGGUUAGUUUGCAUUAUCUUUUGGCCACUUGCGAUUCAAUUGUCAGAUUAACUGUCUUUGUUGCAUACAGCAUUAUAAUGUCGCUAUUGUUCAACUUCAAGUCAAAUUUGGACUAAACUACCAUGAGCAGCAGUUAAAACAGCGAUUGAUUGUUGACCAGAACUGUGUUUGAGGUGUCCCAGAAGAUGAUUUUAGCAACCAAUCAGAGAAUUUGUCUGUGGCCAUGAUAUAAACACCGAACUUUAAUUUUUCCUGCAGCAUCUCAGAGAGAACUGUUGCUGUGCAGUGUGAAGGUAUAACCAGCAGGAAGAUAAAAAUCAGUAACAGGACAAUAAGUGAAAGAUAACAUUGCAAAUGACAAUCAGUUAUGAAGGAUUUACUUAGUUUAAAACUCACUUUACACAUCAGUAAAACUCUUUCAGUUGCACUUUUUUGAUAGUCUUUGGGGACACCUUUACAUGUAGGAGUUUUCUUAACCAGCUGUCUUGUUGGCAGUUGUUUCAUAACUGUCAAAUUUUCCAGCGUGUGUCCCCCAUCAUGGAGGAGACAGAUCUGCACAGGCAGACGAAUGCCAAACUAAAGCUCAUUACCUUACAGUUGAAUUUGCACUCUUGGAUUUUGUUACAAAAAUCAGAGAGUCCACCUUUUAAUAUUGACUGAACAACAGUUUUAAUGCCUGACUGAAUUAUCAACUGACACAUUCCCUGUGUGAGAGGAGACAUUGUCAGCGUUUGUUACUUGAAUUCAUGGCUGUUGCCAACCACAAACUUAGUAUGCAGCUAGUGCAGUUGCUUGUGUUUUAGUAAUAAUGCUAAUUAUGCUAAAAUCAAAGGCCUACAGUGGGAGGCAAAGCCACUUGGUUGAAUCUGGUUGAGUGCGUAGACAUUGCUAUGCCUUCUACCAGCCACUAGGGGGCAGAUAGAAUAACCGUGAAUAAAUGAAAGGACUGAGCAUUUCGCCUGCAGUGAUAAAUAUUAGAAUUGCUGAUAUAAUACAAGAUAAAUGCUGGAUGUUGACUGCUGAUGGUACAGAUAGGAAGUGUGCAGCAGAGAGUCAUGGAAGGUUAAACUUCAGUUUACCUCACAUUUUCGUCUUGUUGGUAGAGCAAUCUUGUCAAGUAGUGUCGUUCAGAGUUCGCACAUGUAUAUGCAAUGUAUUUAGGUCUUUUACUAAGGCAGACAGAUCACAUCUGUCAGCUGUAAUUACCAUUGAACUGUGUUGAAGCAACACGUAACUACCACUGUGCCCCAAACUCCCUUCCCACUUCGUCAAAAUGAACCCAACUUCUGCAGAAAGUGCAAUAGAGAUCAAUUACUUGUGGCUUUCACUUUGCUGUCAACGAGUUUUUCUGCACGAGAUGUUUUCAGUCUGUGCUCCAUUUGGACUAGAGCACAAGCUGGCACAAGUGAGUUCAGCCCAAAGUCUGACAUGUGCACGGUGCCUUGAAGUGACUGAAUCUCUGAUUUACUUCAGACUGAAACUUUUUGGUUAGGGCUGGGUAUUUUUCAACACAGAUGAAAAAACCAAACCAUUAGGGACUGUUCUUAAUUUAUCAGAGCAGAGGGGUGCCUGGGAUGUGACUUUGUUUUUGUUUUUUCUUUAUUUUUUUGACCCCUGAAUCUACAAAUAUUUUUCCUUUAACCGGACGGAAAAUGCACGAACCACUCUCCACCAUGAAUUAUUAUUAUUGUUAUUAGAGACUGAAAGUUAAAAGUUGAAGACGAAAUCCAGAAGUUGAAAAAAGCCGUGGAUUUUCACUCUUGUCGUGCAUAUCAGUCAGUUCGUGCACUCUUUUUUUUGCCAAAUAUAAAAAAGACAUGUUUUCUUUAAUAAUCUGCAGUAAAAUAAAUACAAAAUACAACCACUUAAAUUUGUAUGCCCCUCCCCUUAGCCGAAAUAAAGAAACAUAAGUAUGUCCCCAGUGUUUAAAAAAUUAUAUGACAUACCUCUCCUUUUGCACCACCCCCCUUCUCUCAUAAUAACGAACAGUCCCUUACAUAAACGAUUUCUUUUAUAGUAGAAAUAUAGGAUACAGUAGGGGGCAUGCGUGUGACAUCACUGUACACUGUCACACACUUUGGGUCAUGGUCAAAUACCUGCAAAACUGAUACUGUUGCCAUUAGCAUCACCUGUACUUUGUAGUUAGUGCUAAUUAGCAAAUGCUAGCAUGCUAAACUAAGAUGGUCCACAUUACCUGCAAAAUAUUAGCAUACUAGCAUUGUCGUCGCGAGCAGGUUAGCAUGUGGAUAUUAGCAUUUAGCUGUGCCUACGUACAGCCUCACAGAGCAGCUUGCAUGGCUGUAGAGUCUCUUGCUGUUCGUCUUGUUCAAGUUAGUAUUUUGCCAUUUUUGGUCUGUUUUGCCACUCAGUAGUGUCGAAGGUAGCAUCAUGUUAAUAAAUCCACACCCUCUACAGUAAAUGUAACAUUUGUUUGGAUCUUCAGCUUCACAAAUCAGACAGGUUAAUUUCCUCUGGAAGAAAAGUUCUUAUUUAGAAAUGCAGCACUUUAGUUUUUGAAAUGUUUUAAAAACCUUUUUGAUGCCUUAAAUCCCAGGGUGAUACCCAGCCCUAAUGGAGCAGAUAGUUGGUUACACUGUAUACAGCAUUACCAUGGCAACAGACUCACUGACACUGACAGUGUCACCAUGGCAAAUGAUUCGGCGUCACUACGGUAACUAACUUUCCAGCCGGAGUGCUUCUAUUGUCAGUGAACAAUUAAUGGUGCUAUGCUCCCAUUGCUGCGGCCUGCAGGCCCCUCUGUUGUAGAAAACCCAUUGAGUUUUACAGAAAAUACUUCAGUUACUUUGUUUAAUGUUCAACUAAAGUCUUCUGUAGUACAUGUCUUUCAAAACCUCCGAGAGGUACGAAGGAGCAAGUGAGAGUGUUUGAAGUGUAGCACAGCCAGGUGUCAAAGAGAGAGGUUUCUCCACAGUUUAGUGCGUGGUGUGUGUGUGUGCACGUGUGUGUAUGUGUCGUAUGGAAAGGUUCUUCCAGAUAUGAAGCCGUUUUAUUUUUUGGGACCAGGUGGAGUUGUAGUUAACAGCAACCGUAGGAAUCAGCUGUUUGCACACAGAGUUCUCGAGUCUACUUUCGCUGCUAGUUUGUGUAAUUUAUCAAGCAUUUUUGAGAAAUAUUUAUUUUUAUAAGCCUAAUACAAAAGUUGAUAUUUUACAAAGUGACUUGACCAAAAGACAGUAAACAAAAACACUGGCACUUGAAUGUUGAAUGUCAUUGGUAUGAGUGAAAAUUUCUAUUUUUCUGGGGUAGUGUGAGCUUUUUAAUGUUAAAGAUGCAGCGUGUAGGGGUUUCUCUUUCAAUAUGUCACUGUAACAACCUGUGAUGAUGUAAGUAACAGAUUUUAAAAAUCCAGAAUCUCACAUUGGUACCAAAACUGAUUCAAUCAUCAGUUAAUCAGGAAUCCAAAAUCACCAAUUCACUGUACAAGGGUGCCAUGCCAUUGUUCUGACGUCCCGUUGGUCCGAAAAAUAUCCUGUUGGACCGAAAGUCUAUUUUACUCACAGUCCGUCAUCCCAAAAACAAAAGCCUGUUGUUCCAAAGUCCAGUUUCUCUGAAAAUAAGAUAAAGUACAAUUCAAACAUUUUUUCUGGGGAAUGGGUUGUCACACUGCAGGGAGGAUAUAUUUUUGGAGAAACUGUACUUCGAAGCAAUGUACGUUGGCUUUUUGGGAUAACAGACUGUCGGAGAAUGGGUUUUUUGUCCAGUAGGACAUUUUCCUGACUAACUAAGCUGCAGAACUUUGGGCCGUCUGAACGAUGGGCAGCCCCCUGUGUAAGGUCAAGACAAAACAACCCAUGCUAUGUGCACAUCUUUUCGUGUUAAACCAGACUGUUUUUGCCAACCCAGUCCCAAACCCCAGAACAGUGCAUUGUCUGGACCUGCACUAUACAUUUUCCUUAAGUUUAAACUGGCUUUUGUCCAAACAAAAUUGGACCCUAAAUACUUACAAAGUAGCAGCACUCCUCACACAAGGCCACAGAGUGAAGACAGUUUUAUUACAGCUGAUGCGACUGUGACAUAUUAAGAGAAACAUCCGACAUGGGUUACCUUUAAAGUCACAUUGGACUCAGUAUCAGAUCCACAAACCUGUUUGUGCGACAGGUUCCAUUGCCAAUAAUGAUAAUCAAACACAAACAGCCAUUUUUAAUUGGCAGACAAAAUUUGAGACAAUACCACCAUAUAUGCCAAGGUUUGGAUUAAAAAAAAAAAAUUAACAAAACGUCAAGAUCAAAGACCAUUUUGUAAAAAACAAAAAAAAACAAAAGAAACAUGCAGUACAAAAAACAAGUGUCCAGAUUCUCUCCAAGUCAGAUGUUGUUUUGUUUUGUUUUUUUAAUUCAUUUGAGUCUUUACACUUUUUCCUUUCCGUUAAUACCCUUGUUGUGAAUGUCUGGCAAGUGGUGAUCUUUAAAGUCUUCAUAACACAGAAUUAACUGUGGUUCUAUUGCUAUGUUGUUGUGAUUUGCAUAUUUUCAGGCAUUAGGGUGUUAAUGCUCAUACGGGGGGAGCGUCUGGCCAAUCAGAAAUGAGGUAAAGAUGACCUGACAAUGCCCAUACAGGUUCCUUUUAUCCAUAUGAGUCUACAUCUGUCUCUUGCAUAAGACAUUCUGCAGUUACACUGGGACAGAAUGUAAUGUGGCCCCAGUAAAGCCACGAUUAAUGACCGAUCAAAGUUCAUGCCUCUUCUCUAGUUGUGAACAAAAGGCAUUCUCAUUGAGGAAUAAUUAUUGACUGAGCUGAAAGAGGAAAAAGUCCAGUGCUGUCCCCAUUACUGACUGGCCAGACUCCUCAGUGUGGACACGUAGCACCUCCAGCCUGGUAGUUAGUAUUUGCUUUAUGUAUUAGUUUAGCAGUUGUGCACGAAGAGGAGCACUGCACGAAGAAAAACAACUGUCUAUUCUGAUUUUACCACAAAUAAAGGUUUGGAUUUGCAAAUGUAAAA